CAUAUGGUCCAAAGGAGUGCAGCCGCUUGUGUUCAUCCUCAAGUCUCACGUUUUCAGGUGCACACAGUUUUUGGUAUACAAUUCACUUGCGACACUGUGUUGACGCUGGUUCUGUACCGUAUACUGAAACAUAUUGAGUUUGAUGCUUUCGCCGAAUUGUCAAGAAGUAUCAAUGUAACUUUUAGAAACGAUGGCUGGAGUGUUUGAUAUAGAGCUACAUGAAGAAGAUGUUGAACAAGACUCUGAAGAUGAUAUAACGAUAGAGGGCCCAUAUGAUCCACAUCUGAAUAUAAAUGACAUCACAGAGUCUGAAGGUGUAGAGACUGUGCAGCUUUCAGAACAGAAUGUUAAUCCUGGUAGUGAGAAGACUGGUCCACAAGACUUUGAGCUUCGAAAAGUGCUUGGUAAAGGUGGUUAUGGUAAAGUGUUUCAGGUUCGGAAGGUGACAGGCAAAGAUGCUGGUACCAUAUUUGCCAUGAAAGUGUUGCGGAAAGCUUCUAUUGUCCGAAACCAAAAAGACACUGCACAUACAAAGGCUGAGAGAAAUAUACUGGAAGCUGUGAAGCAUCCAUUCAUUGUGGAGCUGAUGUAUGCAUUCCAAACUGGAGGCAAACUGUAUCUCAUACUGGAAUACCUUAGUGGUGGGGAACUCUUCAUGCACUUGGAGCGUGAGGGUAUAUUUCUAGAAGAUACUGCCUGUUUUUAUCUGUCUGAAAUAAUUCUGGCAUUAGAACACUUGCAUAUACAAGGAAUCAUUUAUAGGGAUCUGAAGCCAGAAAAUAUUCUGUUAGAUGCACAGGGACACGUAAAACUGACAGACUUUGGUCUGUGUAAGGAACAUAUCCAAGAAGGCAUAGUGACACACACAUUUUGUGGCACAAUUGAGUAUAUGGCUCCAGAAAUCCUAACACGAAGUGGACAUGGAAAGGCAGUAGACUGGUGGUCACUGGGUGCAUUGAUGUAUGAUAUGUUGACAGGAGCGCCACCCUUUACAGCUGAGAACCGCAAGAAAACAAUAGAAAAAAUCUUGAGGGGGAAACUAGUUUUACCACAGUACCUUACACCUGAUGCUCGGGAUCUGAUACGCAAGCUCCUCAAGAGGCAAGUGAACCAGCGACUGGGUUCAGGUCCAGGAGAUGGUGAAGCCAUAAAAAUGCACCCCUUUUUCCGGCAUAUCAAUUGGAUUGAUGUGCUUGCACGGAAAUUGGAACCACCAUUCAAGCCUUCUUUGAGUAGUGAAGAUGAUGUAUCCCAAUUCGAUACAAAAUUUACGAAGCAGACACCAAUUGACUCACCAGACGAAUCCACUCUGAGUGAGAGUGCUAACCUUGUAUUCCAGGGAUUCACUUAUGUGGCACCUUCAGUACUAGAAGAGAUGUACAAGCCACCACGCAUUGUGAAAGCCAGAUCACCCAGGAAGUCCGCAUUUCCUGCUCCAUCACUUAGACAGCCUUUCAGCCCCAGGCACAAUCAUCAUUUAGCUCCAAAUUUUGGCUUCCACCAAAGACCAGCAACAAAUGACUACCCCAUGGGAACUCCCAGCCAAGAUGAGAUGAUGGAGGCCUAGGCUGUUUUGACGCACUUCAUUUGAUCCUGAGUUGUGUUCAUUCAGUGCUUAUCAUUCUGGUCAACCACUUUCGAUCAUUGGAGCAUGAACUACCUGUCUACACAGAGGUUGGUAACAAUCGCAUAGUUGCACUAUCUUCUCUGGUGCUCCUUCUGCUCUCUCUGAAUGUUUGAAUUCAGAAUUUCAGCCAUGUAAUGAUAUGCUUGGAAUUAAGACCCUCUUUAGUUAAUAGAAGCAUGGAAAUUUGUGUCACGAUGGCUAUGUAAAUUAUUGUCACAGAGAAUGGACGCUGUCUCGUACAUUAUUUUUUACAAUGCUUGCACAGAAGAUUUUUGUAAAUAAAAAAAAAAAACUUUAUCUUAUCUGUAAAUGUAACCAUUCUGAGGGGCAGUAGGAUGUGGUUAACAUGUGAGAUUCUGCAACUCUUCCCCAGCUCUGUCAGUAACAUUCAGGAAUGUAUAUGUCGACAUACAUUGUCAGAGCAUGUAUACCAGUGCCACAGCCUACUCAAGCUAAGCUCAGGGAUGUAUAUCUUUUGGUAACCUCUAUAUGCAGUUCCAGUAUCAAAGGAAAAAUUUACCACAUUUUUUCCUGAAAAGCUGCAGUUAUGUGACUUGCGCUGAAUAGCACAAUUGGAUAUGAGCCAGCACCAUUCAUUUUUACAUUUGUACAUUUCCAGCAUUGCAUAAUAUCUGCAUUUCUAAAAGGUUACUGUUUCUAAUACGUAAGUGAAAUUAUAAAAUUGUGCAUCCUGUCCAAGGAUAUUCUGUUGAUGUAGGGAAUGUAAUUGUGUAACUGAACUGUAGAUGUAUGUUUUGAAUUUUGUUUACCUCAUUUAUUUACAGAAUCAUCGUUUAGAAUUUUAUUGGAAUUUUGAAGUGAAUUCUAUAUAUAUAUAAUUUGUUUUUAUUUUUAGUGUUUAUAUUUAUGACAAUAAUGUUAAAACAUGAAAAUGCCAUAUAAAGAAAACAAAGUGAAAAGUUAAAUCCUGUUGCUGAAUUACUGUAAAUAAUUUUUUUACAAACUGGUAAUACCUCUUGAAGCAAUAAAGUUGUGUUCACCAAAAGGCAAUCAUUUUGUAUACAUGGUAUUGAGGGACAGAGAGAAAUCUAAUUUAUAACUGCAAAAUUUUAGGAAUGUUCACACCUUUUUUUCUCUUCAGUGUAAUAGCAUUUAGAAUUCAGGGAUUUUUUUCCUUUUGCUCAUUUUUAUGUUAUAAUGCAACUGAUAACUGAUGGAGUUUCAUCACAAUCUUCCAUAUGUUGUGAACCCAUAAAUACAACAGCAUUAUGUCAGAGAGCAGUCACUUUUAGAACUGCCAAUUUAACUUUUUUAAAGCUAUUUGAAGUGUGUAACUUGUUAAAGAAAUGUGAAGAAGCUUCUUUGAUAGUUUGUUUCUUAUGUUCCGUCUUCCGUGGAAAUCUGACAAGUUAGGUUUCUUAGAACUUCUGUGGCAUAUACAGCAUUUGUCUACAUAAUGGCUAUAAUUAACUGCACUUGAUUUCACUGAACUCAAACUUAACAGAAAUACAAAGAUGACAUACACUCUCAUCCUUAAAUAUUUUGGCAUUUAACUUGUGUUAUUUCACUCUUUACACUAUUUAACUUGUAUUAUUAAACUCUUUACACUAUUUGCAUUUAAAAUGCUGUGUGUAUUUUUCUUUGUGUGCUGUAGCACAGUCAGAGGAAAUUGCCUGUUGAGGUACUCCUACAGUUAUUUAUGUGGAUUGUGUAGUUUCCCAAUGGCUGUAAAAUCUAAGUUUUAUUUGUUACAACCUUCUUUGUAAAUUAUUCUUUCACCAGUCACUCCCACACGUUCUAUUCCUCCUGGUCUGUGUACAUGCAUUUGGUCCAUUAUAUAGUGCAGAGGCUUUCUUUUAGAAGUCAGGAAUGCAAAUACUGUAGCAAUUUUCCUUAGUUAUAAAUAUUUACAGCAUUUUCCUUUAAUGUCAACCAAAAAUAAAGCUUAUGGAAAAAAAAGAUUUGGUAAAAUAACAUUCAGUAAAGGAUGUAGACACUCGAGCACAACCAGUCAGGACACUAUUACACCUUAAAAGCAGCAAGAAAUAAUCAGCUGUGAAAAUCUGUGUGUUGUUCUGGGCACAUCUUGAUUUUGAAACAUAAUUUGCUGUGUGCUCAUGAAGUUGAUGACUGCUUGAGGGUUUUGUCUUCAUUCAGUUACUUAGUAUUUUUAACAUAUAUUCCAUUUUGUUGUGGUAAAUAUUGAUACUUCGUACAUGUAAUAUGAGUCAAUAUAAGUACAUUAAAAAGUGGAACUCGUGUUGUGACUUACUGAAAUGAAGUGUACUGGACAAAGCAGUAAACUUGAGAAGUGGAGUUUAAAGAGAUCAGCCUCCUCUUAUUCCCCAGUCCAACUUUAAAGUGUGUUUUCACUGUAUUGUAAUUCUCAUUUUUCCCAGCCCGUAAGAGGGUUCUGUCCUUUGCUUAUACUGAAAAGUAUUUUGUUUGACUUUAUUAUAUAAGAACCUUUGGUUUAAAUUAGCUGUUAAAAUAUCUUCCAAAUAUUCUACUCAUAAAUCCAAUAAAUUAAAAGGUUCUUAGUAUAAUGGAAGAAGAUUACUUUGGGUGUUUGUCAUCUAAACUUAAUAUUGUAAGAUGUGAAUGAGGUUGGAUCACAACCCAUCUGGUAGAAAAACAGCUGAAUAAGAGGGCAAACAAAUACCAAGGACAGAAUAUUGCUUAACUGAUAAUAUUCCUUCCUUUUUGUAUGCCUGCAUGCUGUUCAAUGCCCCUUCUAUUCUGAGAGUGGUGAUUUUUCCUUGUUUGUGUAUUAUAUUCCAUUCUUGAUUCUCUGCCAAUGUGUACAGUGUUUAAUAGUUUUGUUUGUAGACUGUGCCCCUAUUGAGCAUGUACACACAUACCACCUAAAUGUGUAAGCCACGUUCCUAAUUUGUGUUUCGUGUGCCUCAGACUGUGAUAUAAACUUCCUUCUGAUCAGAAUAAUUAGUAAUUUGUAUUUGCUGUCCAGUGCAUAUUGUGUGAUAUGAACUCUGCCAGUGAUUUAGUUUUCCUGAGAGUUCGUUGUGAUUCCUGUUCCUUUGGAAAGCUGCCAUUUGUCUUAUUUUAAAUAAAAUCAGAAUUUUUCAUUGCUUGUGCCUGUUCCACAGUAAAGACAGAUUUAGUGUCUAUAAACAAUGACAUCACUUUGCUAAAUUCUUCUUCUCUUCUGUUUUUGUCAGUAAGGCAAGAUCCUAUUUCUCGUCAUGAUACAAAGUAAGUUAUUCAAAAUUAAAACUAUCCACCACCCCCAAUCCAGCAUUGACUGCAUGUUUCAGAGAUAAAAUAUAAAAUAUUAUAAAAACUAAGCCACAGUUAUAAAUAUUUGUAGGAUUUUAAUUAUUCCGUGUCAGUCUGGUUCUGUUGUACAACUUACUUUGUGUUUCUUAUUAACAGGCAUUCUGGUAAUAGUAAAAAACAACCACACACAUGUUCCACUUAUCUAAACCAUUGAUUGCAAUAAUACUCUCUCAUUAAUUAUAUAGUAUGCUGCAAUUACCACUUAAUUUUACUGUACCUUCUUCUCUAACAAAUCUUCUGUUCCUUUCUUGAUGUAUUUAAACAGUUUAUUAUGUAGUUUAUUGCAGUUCUCAAUUGACAACAAAAUUUAAGUUUAUUUGGUACUACUUUAUUUGUAAAUUUUUCUGUCACUGAUUUCUUUUUGUCUCCUAUUCCUUCUGUUCUGUGUACAUACUUAGUCUGUCACAAACUAGAUAGCCUCUCGUUGUUCUUGUCAGUGUAAAACCAAGUUAAUUUGUGAUGUACUGUCACAGAAUUAGCUAUUGUGAACCAAUGCCACACUCCUACUACAAAGUAUUUAUUUAUAGCAGCACAUUUCCUGUACCUGAAUUCUUAUGUGCCCGCCAACCCCCGAGACCUAAGAUGCCACUAGUCAAAAGCUGCCUUUCCUUCUCCCUGUCCAGUGUUUGUUAAGGAUGUGGAUAGUUACAAGCAGUUGCAAUUUACAAUUUGAAAGCAGUUUGUGAAUCAAGUAAUUACUGUACAUUUUGAAUUCCACCACUGGCCACCAAAUUUAUCAAACAGCUGCUAAUAAUACUCGUGUAAAAUAUUCUCGGUUUAAAUUGUAAUAAGUUUUCAUGAACACUGAAAUAUGACAGCAGUAAAUGCAGUCACAUUUUAGAUUUGUCCAGUACAUACCUUAUUGAUGUAAAUCAUAUCGCUAUUUGACGGUUUUGUGAUGAUGUAGACUGUUGGUGUAAUUUGAUUUGCUGUUGAAUCCAGAUACUAUUCCUUUAAGCAAACACUGUAAUGAGUGCCUGUAGUGCUUGUCCUAACAUUUGCUUUAAGAUGCUGUAGUUGACAUAUUAGUUCCAUGUUGAUGUGGUGAAUAUAAAUAUUCUAGUUGUCUUUGCUUUAUUUCCAACUGUUCAAAAAUGAAACAUCUUUGUAAUUGGACCUCCACGUUAGCUGCCAAAUGAUGUCAUUUGUGUAAAUGUUAUACAUAUUAUUCCUUUUUAAUGGUUAACAAGAAAGCCUGUUAUGGAAUUGUUACUGCUAAUGAGUUGACUUUGGCACAGUUUCAAAAGAAAACACUUCUGUUUGUGUUUUCAUAAUGUCUAAUUUAUAAACAGUGAGCAUUUGUCAGCUAUUUCUCAGUUAAUAAUUAUUGCAGGUAUGUGAUUUAGCAAGGCCGCAAUAAAGAAACUGUUGGUUUGGAAGGAGUUGAAGUUUGUGAUGUCUGAAGAUGGGUGUAAUCCCGAAACGCGUAACAUGCGUAGUAACAAUUUAUAAUGAAACGUCAAAUGAAUAUUGAUAGUUAAAUGCUUGACUGGAAAGUGGCAAUGGAGCAACAUGUAGACAUUAAAAGGAGAAUAAUAAGAGACCAUUAAAGUCCCACAAGACCACAAAUAAAGAGAGGUAAAUAGAAUCGAACAACUAUGACUGAGAAACAGUGGACAUAGAUAGGCUUGUCUAUACUGUUGUCACACUAUUUUUCUGCUGUAUAAUAUGGUCUGAAGAUAGCACAAAACUCUUGGUGCUUGUUUCAUACUUCGGGCGAUUUUCAGGGCACAAGCAUUUUGGACUUUAGAUGAUACCACAUACCUGGACACACACUCAAUGCAUCUUCUAUGGUGUUUAUUUCUUUUCAGUUUAAAACUGUCAUCAGCCCCCCCCCCCCCCCAUAUCUCACUCUCUCUCUCUCUCU